AUGACCAAGAAAAUAAUUGCAGUAGAUCUUAUUGUCCCUGACACUGUGACUUUUUACGGACCUCGUACGUCUAGUCAGGGCACUCACAGCACUCAUCCAAAACGACAAAAGGUGCGGGGAAAGUUACGGCUCAUUACAUCUCGGCCCACCAAGCUGAGUCUAGUAGAAAUCAAGUUCAAGGGCCAGGCACAUCUCAGCUGGCGGGAUCCUCUUAAAUCGCAACAUGCCUUUCUGGUUUCGAGAAUCAAUGCUAGCAUGACACUUCGGAAAACAAAAAGCAUCUUGCUUGAAGAUGCAAUUUUACCCGCAGGAGUAACUGAUCUUGGUUUUGAAGUGGCGGUUCCGGGUUACUUGUGUCCGACUUUCGAGUCCGAGUAUUUGCGGAUAUCUUACCGACUGACUGCAAGAGUGCUUCCGACAGGCAAAUUUGAGAAAGAAUGGCUGGUCCAUCGAGAAAUGCAACUGUUGAAAACACUUAUGCCAAAAGAUGUGUCUGCAGGACAUGUCAGAGGUUAUGUUGUACCCCAUCAAAAAAUGAUGGGAGAGCGGGCAUUGACAGUUGGGUGGGAGUUCAAUGUGCCUGGGUGGGUGUGCCUAGAAGGCCAACAAGGGGUUGAGUUUGUUGGUAUGAUAAAAACGCUUGUUGGCCCAGAAUCAGUGGAGAUCAGCCGAAUUGAAGUAGAUGUUGUUCAGGAAGAAAUUUACCGUCAAGAUUCCAGUGAUUUGGUGAGUAAACGGCAUUUGGUAAGAUGCGCUCACCCACCUUCAGUAUAUCUCCAUCCACCACUGGAUAGCUUGAUUUCAUUUUCAUUUCCUCUUCAACCUCUGGGUAGCCCUGGCCAACAAAACCGAGCUUUAGCCGAAGCGUCACAGCCUGUGUCUACGUGUGGACAUGCUACUACUGUUACAUGGGGAGAUUUUACGUAUUCGCUCGAUUCUCCUUUUCUUGAGAUCAGACAUUAUGUUCGCCUUGUUCUCUAUCUGGCUACAACAGACGGUCGCGUACUGCCACCAGUCUGUAUCGGACUCCCGAUUGAUGUGACACGCGAAAUCAGACAUCAGCAACUAGACACAGACGCUCUCCCUAGUUACCAGGCCAUUACACGCGAUGGUGAGCGUCUCCCACUUUAUUCGUGUGCUAUUCGAGAGGACGAGGCUCUGUGCGGGGCUCCAUUCAAUCGCAGCCUGCCGCUCUCGGACCCCUUGAACGAUCGGGUGUGGGAAAGGGUAAUUGCAUCAAUCGCUGGUCUCCCCGAACAAUCUUUUGUACCACCAAACCAGUCUAACAGACGACGAAAGCGAACAGAAGACACGUUGAUCGAGGAGAGGUGCAUUCAUGAUUUCUGCCUUGUUUAGCAAUGGAGAAAAAAAGGAACAGGGGUUCCCUUUCUAGGAACCAGCCAGAAUCUAUAAAGAGAAAAGAACUCUGUACAAAGACAACAACAACAACAACAAAAAAAGGGUGUUAUUUGUAUAGGUUUUUUCUGAUUGAUUUUAGACUUUUUUUUGUUUUGUUUUAUUUUGUAAUAUACUCUUUUAUAUAUAUAUGUAUGUAUACAC